GGUACUUAACUCUGCCUCUUCUUCCCUCUUCCUCUCUGUAUCUACUUUUUUUUCUUCUACAAGUCAUGCAAGGAACUAGUUUAUGAAUAGAAAAUGAUAAAGUUUAAGUCUUUUGUUUAAUUUUGAUCUCUGAUUAUAGCUUCAGGAUAUGAUUCUCUGUUUGUGAAGAGGUUAAUGAAUGAGUUCAACGGUUUCGUGUGCUUUUAUAAAGAUGGCGUCUUUUGAUGAUCUUGUUGUUGUUUUUCCUGAUUAUUGAGUUGACUGAAUUUUUUAGCUUCAGGAAAUGGUGUUGUGAAAUUUACUUUGUAUGAUAUAUAGAAACUUGAUUAUAAUAGAAGUAUGACGACUACGCAGAGCGCUAUGAGAAUGGUUGAGGGUGAUCAUAUAAAAAAUUGGCAGGCUUCUAGUGAUAGUGGGAUCUUUGGUUCACUUGAUAUGGCUGUUGAAGAUUUAGGAUUCCUUAUGAAAAGAAAUAGGUUGGAUAGUGGUGAUCAAACCGGUAAAUUCCCUAGUAGAAGCGAAAGCGCGCCGCCUAGCAUGGAAGGUUCCUUUGCAGCUCUUAGGAAUCUCUUGAAACAACAAGAAGGUAGUAGCUCUGAAGUUUUAAGUAGGGCUAUUGAGAAUUAUGACUCGGAAGAAGAGAUACGUAGUGAUCCUGCUUAUGUAGCUUACUAUUUGUCGAACAUCAACUUGAAUCCGAGACUCCCUCCUCCGUUAAUCUCACGGGAGAAUCAGCACUUGUUGCGUCAUUUUGGUGAUAAUAAUCAGAGUCCAACAACUUCUUGGGAUAAUAUGGGGAUAAGAUCAUCUUUGCAUUCUUCUAGAACUGCUCUUUCAACUCAUAGAGAGGAGCCCGAGGAUGAGGCAUCAUCGGGUGAACAACAAUCUUAUGCUUCUUUGGCUGGUCGUCGUAAGAGCAUAGCUGAUAUGAUUCAGCGGCCUCAUUCGGCAGGAAAUCGUCCAAUAGCACAAGACAUCCAUGCCAUUUCCUCUGAUACAUCUUCAGAACACGCAAGAAGAUUACCGGAGUCCGAUAUAAAUUCGGUUAAUCUGCUGAGGGAGACAGAUUCUCUCUCCAGCGAUGCUAUUGCUAGUGAAGAUCCCUUUACCACUGAUUUGGCCUCACAAAGUUUUACUAAUGCACAGACAGAGAGAUUGAACGCGAGGCAAGCGAGCCAUGAGGACAACAAUCUAUCUGUUUUUGGUGCUUCUCCUCCAUCCUCUGUUGCUUCAAGAAUGAGGAGGAACCAAGAAGACCAACAAUCUCAGGGAAGGAGAAUGCCUCCACAAUACACACCUUCAUCGUAUCAGGUUCAAGCUAGUUCGCCACAGCAAAUGAGCUAUCCGAGGAUAGGUGGUACACAGGACAUGAUGCAGAGCUUACCAAAGAUUGCAACUGGCGAGGUACAUUCGACUUUCCAAUCUCCUCACGGUUUGGCACCGCCUCCUAUGUAUACAUCAACAGCAGCAUAUAUGACAUCUCUGAGUCCAUUUUACCAUCAAAACUUUCAGUCCUCGGGUAUGUUCGUCCCGCAAUAUAAUUAUGGUGGUUACCCUCCUGCUUCUGGUAUUGUCCCUCAAUAUAUGAGUGGAUACCCAUCUCAUGAAGCGACUGUUCCUAUGCCAUAUGAUAUCUCAUCUACUUCUUCGGGCUACAACAACCCUCGGCUCCUGCCUGGAGUAUCAUCGAGUGGACAAAACAUUCCUUCUCUUGUGGAUCCUUUUCAGUUGCAAUAUUUUCAACAGGCUCAAGUGGACGCGUAUGCUCCUCCGUUUCAGAGCAGCACUGAUUCUUUUGGGCAGAAAGACCAACAAGCUGUUGGCUAUAUGGCAAAUCAUGAACCUCUCAACAGUCCAUUGAGUCCGGGUUACGGGUUGCAAAGUCCGCGGCACAUGGGAAACUAUUUUGCAGUGCCGCCUGGUGUAAGAGUAAUGCCGCAGUAUCCAGGAUCACCUCUUGCUAGUCCGGUGAUGCCAUCCUCACCGGUUGGUGGAAUGAUGAGCCACUUUGGAAGACGAAGUGAAACAAGGUAUCAUCAACAAGGGCCAAGUAGAAACACUGGGAUCUACCCUGGUGGAUGGCAAGGGAACAGAGGGGGAGCCAGCAGCAUCGUUGAUGAUCUAAAAAGACAUUCUUUUCUUGAUGAACUUAAGUCUCCAAAUGCUCGGAAACUCGAGCUUUCUGAUAUUGCAGGGCGUGUUGUUGAAUUCAGCGUCGAUCAGCAUGGCAGCCGGUUUAUUCAACAGAAGUUGGAGCACUGCUCCGAUGAGGAGAAGGCAUCUGUUUUCAGUGAGGUUCUUCCACAAGCUUCAAAAUUGAUGACUGACGUUUUUGGAAAUUAUGUCAUCCAAAAAUUCAUAGAACAUGGAACUCCGGCACAGAGAGAAGAACUUGUGAAGCAACUUGCUGGUCAGAUGGUUUCACUAAGCUUACAAAUGUAUGGAUGCCGUGUGAUACAAAAGGCCCUUGAAGUGAUAGAUGUUGACCAAAAGACAGAACUAAUUCGUGAGCUCGAUGGGAAUGUGCUGAAGUGUGUUAGAGAUCAAAACGGAAAUCAUGUUAUCCAAAAAUGUAUCGAGAGUAUGCCUGCUGGUAGGAUUGGAUUCGUAAUUGCUGCUUUCCGUGGUCAAGUCGCCACUCUUUCUACUCAUCCUUAUGGAUGCCGAGUUAUCCAGAGAAUCUUGGAGCAUUGCUCAGAUGAUGAGGAGACUCAUUGUAUAAUAGAUGAAAUAUUGGAAUCUGCGUUUGCUCUUGCUCAUGAUCAGUAUGGGAAUUAUGUCACUCAGCAUGUCCUGGAGAGAGGGAAGCCCGAUGAAAGGAGACAGAUCAUUGAGAAGUUGACAGGGAAUGUUGUUCAGAUGAGUCAGCACAAAUACGCAUCUAACGUUGUAGAGAAGUGUUUGGAACACGCUGAUAGUACCGAAAGAGAGUUCCUGAUUGAAGAGAUAAUGGGCAAAUCCGAGGAAGACAAUCACUUGCUAGCGAUGAUGAAGGAUCAGUUUGCAAAUUACGUGGUCCAGAAAGUCUUGGAGAUCAGUAAAGAUCAGCAAAGGGAGAUUCUGGUGCAGAGGAUGAAAAUUCAUCUCCAAAGUUUGCGGAAAUACACAUACGGGAAACACAUAGUAGCCCGAUUCGAACAACUGUUUGGUGAAGAGAGUGAAGUCUCAGAAGAGGGAACAGAAGGUUAGACAGAAGAUUUUCUUUUGGGUUGCAGAUUUGUACAAUGUUUGACUUAGACAAAUAUGUAUUUGAAAAUGCUUAUGUAUAUAUGCUUGUAUCUAUGAAUGGAAGUGUGAUGGUAUUACAAUAUGUAUAUGGUGUGGACAUGAUCUGUGAUUAAUAAUUUGAUUUGCUUCUUACUUCUUUGUUUUGACGAGAAGAACA